AUGGACCUGAAUGCAUGGUCCGAGAAACUUUUGAAGGAUGUCUCGACUCGUGAUAAUGCUAAAAGGAGUGCCUUUAAAAUACCUUUCAAAAUCGGCGAAGGAAUGGAAAUCGGCAUCAAUGGCUUUGUGUUGAUAGUCGAACAAAAGAGGAAAGCACCCAUUCUGGUGGACCCACAUACAAGUUCUAAUGAACAAGUCAAAGUUGUCACCGAAUAUUUGGACGCAGUUAAGAUCUUUCAGAAUUGCACAUGUCUUUUUGAUAUCUGA